AUGAAUAGAAUCUUUCAAUCAAUUAUACAAAAUACAAAUCGACAUAAUGUAUUAUUACAAAGAACAACAAACAAUCAUAUUGUAAAGACAACUACUACUACUGCUGGUUGUUAUUCAACCUUUUAUAAACAAUCAUCAUGGUCAUCAACAUCAAAGUAUUAUUCAACAUCUUCAUCUUCAUCAUCAUCUUCAUCAAAGAAUAAUAAUAAUACUACUACCGCUACUACAACUAAAGUUAAACCAGAAAUACCAAAAGGAACAGGAGAUAAAUAUUUAGAUAUGUAUGGAGGAGAAAUACCAAAAUAUGAAGGUGAUACAGGUAAAAAGGAAGGACCGAGUGUAUCACCUUUGAGUAAAGUAGAGUUUUGUAAAUCAUUGUUGAUGAUGCGAAAGUCUGGUACCAUGUCAUCGGUCAAUAUGUUGGCCAAGAUGGAAUCGGAAAAUAGCUCACCUGUCUAUGGCAGCAUCGUGCCAUACGCAGUGCUUGGUGAUGGGUCGGAUAAAGGUGACGUGGUAGUGGUCGUGUCGUUGAAAAAGGACGAUCCUCAUGUCGGCCACUUUAAACAUUUUGGCAAGGUGUCGUUGGUAGUCUACCCAUUGACACCACGUAAUCGUCCACCCGCUCAAUACGGACUGUCACGUGUUAAUUUCAGUGGACGUGUAAAGAGAUUGGUCGACGAUAGCGACGAAUGUAAACUAGCUAAACAAAAAUACUUGGAACGUCAUCCAGGUGGAAAAUCAAUGCUCAAUAGUAGUACACACGAUAUCUAUACUAUCACCAUGUCUGAUCUAUACCACUACGAAAGACAAGGUACGUCUCGUAUCGAUCUAGAAAAAUUCAAACAAGCUACACCCGAUGCAGUGUGUGUCGAAAGUCGUGAAAUCAUCGAAACCAUCAACGACAAGCAUAUCGAUGCCAUCAGUGUCAUUUGCGAGCAAUAUGGUGAUGUUCCCAUCGACGAAUCAUUUGUCUAUUUUGUUGAUAGUGCCGGUUUCAAUACCAUUGCCAAACGUAAAGGUAUCGAUGAAUGGUUUGAUAUUCGUGUACCAUUUGAUCGUCCAUUUGAAUCACCUGCAGAAGCUAAAACAGGUCUACUAGAAACAAUUAAUGAUAUUAAAGAUAAACAUUUAAUUAAAUAA